GUAUGAUCACAGUUGGAGAGACUGGCCGACAUAGGUCAAGCUUGUGAUUGAAAUUUGAUGUUUUCAUCUACAAAUAGCAUCCAUCAAUGGCCAUGGCGUCAACAGCGACAACGAUAGUCAGAAAGUUGUUACUGCUUCACCCCCCAUUCGCACCACCGCUGCCGCCUUCGGCGCGGAGCAAACUAGGUUUCCUCCUCCUCCGCCGCCGUCUCACCACCUCCUCCUCAAUCGAAGCCACCAGCAAUUUUUGCACUACCGCCACCACAAGUCAUACUAUUUCUACUCAUAAUGACAAAAGGAAGAAGAAGAAGAAGAAAGAGAAGCCAAAGAAGGAAAAUAUGCCAAAGAACAAUAUCAGAGCAGUUUCAGAAUCGCUGGUGAAGAGAAGGACUCGCUCGGGCAAGGAGUUCGAUGAAGAGACCGUUAUGCAAUUCGGAGACAUGGCCACUCACAUUCCGGUGAUGCUCGGGGAAGUCUUGGAGGUUUUCGCUUCUCCCUCUCUCCGAUCUUUCGUGGAUUGUACUCUCGGCGCUGCCGGACACUCCUCCGCUAUAAUACAGGCCCAUCCAGAAAUGCAACUAUAUAUUGGAAUGGAUAUAGAUCCCGUAGCACACGAGAAGGCUCGAGCUCGGAUUGACACUAUCUUGCAUGGAAAUUCUUGUAACUCAACUUAUGACUUGAAAGCACAUACUCUUUUAAAUAACUUUAGAGAUAUCAAGUCUGUGCUCCAUGAGGUUGAUGAGAAACUAUUGCACUCUGGAGUUGAUGGGAUCGUAUUGGACUUGGGAAUGUCAUCCAUGCAGGUGAACAAUGCUGAAAGAGGUUUCAGUGUGCUUAGUAAUGGACCUCUUGAUAUGCGGAUGAAUCCUCAGGCAAGUUUGAAAGCAGAAGACAUAUUAAAUUGUUGGCCAGAUGAUGAGGUAGGUCGAAUCCUGCGGGAUUAUGGGGAAGAAAGCAAUUGGCGAUUUCUUCAGAACAAGAUUGUCCAGGCCCGUCAAAAUGGUGGAUUGCAUUCUACUAGUGAACUAGUAGGCCUUAUUCGGAAUUCAACGUUUAGGAUAAAAGGAGGGAGGCAAGGUUGGAUAAAAACCGCAACACGAGUGUUUCAAGCGCUGAGGAUAGCUGUUAAUGAUGAACUUGAAACACUAAAAGAUUCCCUUUAUGCUUGUUUUGAUUGCCUUGCUCCUGGGGGUAGGCUUGCUGUCAUAUCUUUCCAUAGUUUGGAGGACAGGAUUGUGAAACAAACAUUUCUCAAUAUCGUUAAUGGCAACAAAGGCAAUGAAAAUGGAGAGGAAGGUGUAGAAGAGCCGCGCACAAGGGAUUUGACGAGAAUUGAUGAUGACAGUUCUCUAAAAGAAGCAUGGAUUAGACAGAUGAUACAUGGUUGCAAGGGAACCAUCCUUACAAAGAGACCUAUAACACCAUCUGAGGAGGAAGAGAAACUGAACCGACGGAGUAGGAGUGCUAAACUAAGGGUGAUUCAAAAGGUUUGAAGACGAAUAUUGCAUUUUAGAGUCACUGAUUUGUCAGGAGAAAACUCCUUUUUAUGUACCUCUGGUGGUUUUUGCAGUCACACACAGAAUAAUAGCUUGUUGAUUGUGGUUUUUUGUAUUUGGUUCAUCAUUAAUAUUGACUCUUGUUUUAUUUUUUCGUAUUUGAUUAAUCAUUAAACUGACUCCUUUGAUAAUCUUUGAUAAUAGAAGUUUCUGUCCACCUUUGCAAUCAUAUA